UUUUUAUUUUGAAUAUAAAAUUAAAAAAAAAGGGUCUUGAAAUUUCGAAGAGGAGCUGAAAAUAGAAAGCCCCAUUGACACAAGCCUGCUAUAUAUACAUACAUAUUGCACAACUGCGCAAACGCAUAUUUUACACCGAGUGGGAGGUGAAACUGUGUGCUUUUUUUGUUUUUUGAGGAAGAAGUCUGUGUCCAAGCAUCUCUGAUUCACAUAGUGUUCAUUUGUUAUGUGUUACAUAUCCGGGGACUCUAUUUAUUAGGCAAAGGUUUAGUCUUUUUCCUUCUUUUCCACCCUCUUCGCGUUUGUUUCUUCAGGUUGUGUUUUAUUAAGAGAAUCAAGAGCGCAACAGUCAAAGUUUUCUCAAGAGUUUUAAUGGAGGCUUCAGUGAGUUUUUCACAGAACAUGGACGAUGAAUAUGAGAAGUUGAUUAGGAGGAUGAACCCUCCCAGAGUUGUGAUCGAUAAUGAAUCUUGCAAAAAUGCGACUGUCAUUCAGGUGGACAGUGCUAACAAACAAGGAAUUCUUCUGGAAGUCGUUCAAGUCCUUACCGAUCUCAAUCUUAUGAUAACCAAAGCUUAUAUUUGCUCUGAUGGAGGAUGGUUCAUGGAUGUUUUCAAUGUGACGGACCAUGACGGAAACAAGAUAACCGAUGAGGGGAUUCUGGAUUAUAUUCAGAAGUCACUUGGUCCAGAUUCUUGCUUUGCAUCUUCCAUGAGAAGAUCCGUUGGAGUGACAUCUGGGAUGGACCACACAUCAAUUGAGUUAAUCGGAAGUGAUAGGCCGGGUCUACUUUCCGAAGUGAGUGCCGUUCUCACCCACCUUAAAUGCAAUGUGGUGAAUGCUGAGGUGUGGACCCAUAACACCAGAGCAGCAGCUGUAAUGCAAGUGACCGACGAAGAAAAUGGGGGUGCAAUUACUGAUCCUGAAAGGCUGGCCAUGGUUAAGCGCCUUCUGUGCAAUGUGCUUAAGGGUAGCAACAAAUCCAGGGAAGCAAAGACAGUGGUCUCUGUUGGGGCCACUCACACUGAGAGAAGGCUUCACCAAAUGAUGUUUGAUGACCGAGACUAUGAACGGAUGGGCAAUGAUUCUGCAGAUGAGAAAGAAAGACCUAAUGUGAAUGUUGUUAAUUGGCACGACAAAGACUACUCGGUGGUCACAAUCAGGUGCAAAGACAGGCCGAAACUUCUGUUUGAUAUAGUCUGCACUUUGACAGACAUGCAAUAUGUGGUUUUCCAUGGAAAUGUCGAUGCUGAGGGGCCAGAAGCUUAUCAGGAGUACUGUAUAAGGCAUAUUGAUGGCUCCCCGGUGAAAUCGGAUGCGGAGAGACAAAGGGUGAUUCAAUGUCUUGAAGCAGCAAUACAGAGAAGAGUGUCUGAAGGCUUGAAGCUAGAACUGUGCACUUCCGACAGAGUUGGGCUGCUGUCAGACGUAACUAGAAUUUUCCGCGAGAAUAGCCUAACUGUAACCCGAGCAGAGGUGGCAACAAGAGCUGGCAAAGCUGUUAACACAUUUUAUGUUCGUGAUGCAUCAGGGUAUCCCGUUGAUCCAAAGAUUAUAGAUUCCAUCAGGCAAACGAUAGGGCAAACCAUCCUCCGAGUAAAAGGCAGCCCCGAAGAAUCAAAUCAAGUCCCACAAGAAUCUCCAACCAGGUUCCUCUUCGGUGGCCUCUUUAAGUCCAGAUCAUUCUGUAAUUUUGGCUUGGUUAGGUCCUAUUCUUGAAGCAGAAGCUACAUUACUUAUUUUCCCUGUACAUUCCGAACCCCUCCACAUUAAGUUAGUACCAUAGCUGCAUUUCGAGUAUUGACAUGAGAAUGGAAAGCCUUUCAUAGCAUAAUGCCUGUACAUAUUCCUCGUAUGCUUGGCUUUCGUUUAUUUGUUUAGUAAAAAUUAAACAUAGGUUGGAUUCGUAAAAUAUAAGAUAGUAUCCAAGUCAUGUAGCUGACAUCGAUAAAAAUUUCCAUGUCGAGCUUAAAUCGUUUGUACAGAACAAAUUCUGCAUUAUGCUAAUCACUAAAUGGAAUCAUCAGUCAGUUUCCUUA